GCUCCCGGAAGUGACGCGGUCGUCCCGUGCGUGCGGCGGCUGCGUCGGGCUGCAGGAGAAGAUGGCGGUCUCCACAGGAGUUAAAGUUCCUCGUAAUUUUCGCUUGUUGGAAGAACUUGAAGAAGGACAAAAAGGAGUAGGCGAUGGUACGGUUAGCUGGGGCCUUGAAGAUGAUGAAGAUAUGACACUUACAAGGUGGACAGGCAUGAUUAUUGGGCCACCAAGGACAAAUUAUGAGAACAGAAUAUAUAGCCUGAAAGUAGAAUGUGGACCUAAAUACCCAGAAGCUCCUCCAUCAGUUAGAUUUGUAACAAAAAUUAAUAUGAAUGGGAUAAAUAAUUCCAGUGGAAUGGCAGAGUGGACAGUGAGAGAGAGAGACAGAGAGAAAGGUCUUCCUUUUGCCGUUGGUUCACCCUCCAAUGGUCGCCGCUGCAGCCGGCGCACCGCGCUGAUCCGUUGGCAGGAGCCAGGAUCCAGGUGGAUGCACGGAGCAUACCAGUAUUAGCAAAAUGGCAAAAUUCAUAUAGCAUUAAAGUUGUACUUCAAGAGCUAAGACGUCUAAUGAUGUCCAAAGAAAAUAUGAAGCUUCCACAGCCACCAGAAGGACAAACAUACAACAAUUAAUUUUAAUGGAUCUCAAACUUGUCUUAAAUCAACAACCUUCUACUCAUAUUAAUGUCUUGAUUAAAUAUCACAAUGCAGAAUACCCACACAUUCAGUAAAGAAUUCCAGCUGGUAUAUGUGACCCGGACAUUUGUAAUAUAUUUAAUAUAUGUACACCCAUUAUGUUUUCAGGUAACGGGAGGAAAAAUGCAGCACAAUUUUUCUUUCUCUUGUUGAGGCACUGUCAUUUAAACAUAAACCUGGAGUGCUCCAAGUAGGAUUCGGGUUUACAAGACGCAAGCGUGGCGAGACGUGUGAGAUGGCAGUGGAAACGUGUGUUUCUGAAAAGUAAAAAUUCCAAGAAGGACAAACAGAAAUGGCAUGCUUUAUCCAUCUUGCUUAGUGAAAGAGCUGCAGUUGAAAUUGUUUAAAGUAGCAGGUACAAUGAAUAUUGUCACAAAUUGUGUUAAAUUUUAAAGCGGUGUGGGUGCUGACUACUAGUAGUAUAAAAAUAUGUUCAGGAUUGUUUUGAUACCUGUAUUUAUAAUAAAAAAAUGUUGGGGGGGUCGAUGAAUUUCUGUUAAAAGCUGUUCCUGUGUGUUACAUGUAACAGACAUGGUAAAUAUUUGUUUACAUUCUUUGUUUAACAAACCAUGCAUUUAAGUUCAAGUGAAGUCAACAAAAAAAGAAAAUAGGUGUAUGGAUAUGUGAUUUUGAGAUUAAAGUUAGUCAUAAAAUGUAAAUAAAAUGUGGAAAGUGUCCUCGGAGACUGUGCCAUUUCUAUUAUGUUGAUAUAAUUUGUGUACAGUACCUUGCCAAGGUAGCACAAAUUGGAAUUACUGUAGUUUUUCAUCUGUAAGCACCUUUUAGUAUAAUUCUGCUUUGUAUACUUGUGAAUUGGAAUUUGCAGAGUAUUUCACAGAAUAAAUUACCUGAUUUGUUUAACUGCCUUGGACAAGGAAGAGUCCCAAGUGUUACAUUUUAAAUUUGAUCUUACCAGAAAUAAUAUUAAAAUGAUUUUUGAAUUUAAUAAUUCUUAACAGAAUUAUAGAUUGCAGAUUAUUCACAGAUACAUGCUGUUUUACUUUGUAACAUCUUUUGUCUUUAUUUUUUCCCUGAAAAAUUUUGGUUAAUAGAUUGAACAAAUUGGAGACAUUUCCUUCUCCAGUUAAUGCUUUUAAUGCUGAUGAGGACUAGUUUUAUCCACCCAUAUCCCAUUAUAACAAACAUGUAAACUCUGAAGUUGAAAAUCCAUUUAUGUUCUCAGUGACCUGAGGCUUUAGGUCACUGUUCACUUCAAAGCACUGAGUGUACUGCUUUGUUGAAAAAGCUGUUUUCUUAUGUAUUCAUUGAAGAACAGAAAAGUGGUCAGGUAAACUCACCUUUCAUUUUGGUUUGCUUAAUAAUUUUACUCAACAUUCUCCCCAGUCUACAUAGGCAAACCAGAAUUAUGAAUGUCAGAAAUCAAAUUAGAUGUUUAAACCUUGCUUAUAAAGAAAAAAAUAAUCAACCUGGACAUAUGUUAAAAUAUUUUCUUACUUUUAUAGUACAACAAAGACAAAUUUCUCAUGCACGCCCUACGUGUCUGUUAUGCUCAUUCACAGUUAAAGCUUUGAACUGCCUUUUCUUGGUACAGUAAUGCCAAUGCAAUUUGUCUAAACUUACUAAUUUCCAUGACUAAUUUAUCUUAAUUAUCAAAGAUGUUUAAAAUUACAUGUAGAGAACAUACAAAUUAGUACAUGUGUGAUUUAUUAAAAUAGAUUUGAAAUGAACUAUGACCUUGAAAUGUAGUCUUACACAUUUUUAGCCACUUAGGGGAAAUUAGGUUGAUUUACUCUGAUGCUAUAUAAGCUAACUGAUGGUUUCAAUCAGUAUUUGGAAUAGCCUCUGCUUUGAAAGCCUGUCUUGCCAUACCUGGAAGCUCAUAAUUAUUUGAGUGCUGUUUGCUGACUGAGGAUCCUAGGAACUUCAGUGGCUUGUCCUAGUAAACCACUACAGCUCUUGCGAAGUUUUCUUUUAUGUCCAAGCCUGUGUUGCCAGAGUCAGCCCCACAGUGUUUAUUUCUUCUUUUUGGGACUAUGGAAUUCUGCAGAAAUCUGCAUGCCAGUUAACCAGCCUCCAAGGCAGACUCCAUUUUGCAUGUCUCAAUCAAGAUGUGCCUGCAAUGUGAGACACACUGGUUGAUUAUAGGAGGAGUUCAUCUAGAGCCACUCUUAAGUAUAGUAACAUUUCUAAGACAGCAGUUUUUCCUUUGUUUUGUCAAGUGGCUAAUGCCAUAGGUCUUGUGUGGUAUUAACCUUUAAAUGAAUUGUGAAAUUGCCUUAGAAAUUUGUUUAAAAGGCCAGCAAGUAAGAUCCAUGAGGAUGAUCAUAUGUUAAUAAAAAUUAUAAAAAUAAAAUUCUUGUCCUGUUAGGUCAGUGUAAUGCUUUAAUGAUUUUGUUGACUUCAGAAUUGGUACUUAAAAACAUUUUUCUAGCAUUUUACAGCAUUUGAAUUUGUUACGGGUUUAUGUGUAACUGUACAGGAUCUGGGAACAUAAACAUUUGGAAAUUUAAUCAUUGGUAUUUCUUGUGAUAAAGAUAGAGAAUUACAAUUUUAUAUUAAUCUUCAAAAGAAUUUGUAACCCUUAAAAUUUGAACAAAUGCUUGCAGAAUGGAUUAGUUUGACUCACUUAUGAUUUAUUUUUUAGUUGAGAUUACUUAAUACAGCUACAUAGAUUUUAAUGUUGAUGCCCACUAAAUAUAUAUAUAUAUAUCAAUAAAUACAGAUGAAAGUAAUAUGAAGGUACUUUAGAGAGAUUAGGGAAUAGAAUUAAAAGGUAAGUGCUUUGGUGCAAAAAAAAAGUGAAAUCUAUGCAUUUGAGAGAGCCUUCAAAAAGUUCUUAGGAAAUGCAUAUUGUAGAAAAAAAUGCAUGAAUUUCAGAAUCUUUUUGCAUCAAACAUUUUAAUUUUAUUUUCCAUGAACUUUUUGAAGCACCCGUUUAUUUUGAAAAUUUAGAGGACACAGCUGGAAAAUAUUAAUACUUUUUUCUUAGUAGGUUUGGUGUUGGCUUUUUUUUUUUUUUUUUUUUUUUGACAGGCAGAGUGGACAGUGAGAGAGAGAGAGAGACAGAGAGAAAGUCUUCCUUUUUGCCGUUGGUUCACCCUCCAAUGGCUGCCUGUGCCUGUCCACCGCGCUGAUCUGAUGCAAGGAGCCAGGUACUUAUCCUGGUCUCCCAUGGGGUGCAGGGCCCAAGCACUUGGACCAUCCUCCACUGUACUCCCUGGCCACAGCAGAGAGCUGGCCUGGAAGAGGGGCAACCGGGACAGAAUCUGGCGCCCCAACCAGGACUAGAACCCCGUGUGCUGGCGCCGCAAGGCGGAGGAUUAGCCUAGUGAGCCGUGGCGCCGGCCGGUGUUGGCUUUGAUAGGUGCAUCAUGGAGAGACAGUGUUAAGUCAAAACCUUGUCAGUCUUUUUUUUAAUUUGUGAGACAAGAGACAAACAACUCCUAUCUGCUGAUUCACUCUCCAAAUUCCUGGGAGCCAAGUUUUCAGUUCAGGUCUCCCAUGUGGGUGGUAGAGACCCAAGUACCUGAACCUGCUGCCUCCCUGGGUACACAUUAGCAGGAAGUUGGAGUUAGGAGUGCAGCUGUGUGUGACUCAGAUGUAGACACUCCAACAUGGGAUAUGGACACCUAACCAGUAGGCAAAACAUAUGUCCCAAAACGAUUGAUUCUUUGUGCAAAUUUUAAAGAAUCCUUGUGCGAGUACUCAUGAUACAGCCUACUACAGGUGAUUGAAUUUCAGGAGAUGUUUAAGGAUUUUUUUCCCUCCAGAUUUUCCUUUUGUAAGUAUUCUUUUUAGACACAUUAAAGGUCUUCAAAAUGUUAUGGAAUUGCAUAUUAUGAAAGAACUGCAUAGAUUUUAAAAUAUUUUGCAUUAAAAUAAACAUCUUAAUUCCAUUUUACACAAACUUAAAGCACCCUUGUAUAUUUAAAGUCAUGAUACCACUCUACUGCUGGGAAGGAUUAAAAACCACUGGUUUUACUUUUCUAAGUAUGAUUACCAAGUACUGACUUGAUCAGCUUUUGGUUAUUUUUACAGAAAGAUUCCAGCUCUGUGAGGCUUUGGAGAAGUGUAUAUAAAAUGAAGCAUUUUGAGAAGGUAUAGAUGCAGUGUGUUUUUUAUAAACUUGAUAGGUACAUUAGUGGUUAAUUUCCACCCCAUAUUGAAUUUACUAAACAGAACCUGUGUAGGAGUAGAAUACCUUUUACGCUGCAAUGAAUGUGUCAUUUAGAAGUUGCUAAAGAGUAGAUGGAAAUCUUACCAAAGUUCAUUCAGAAAGUGUUGCUUAUUUAGAAAGUAUUAUGGAUUGUUGAAAAAAUACACCAUAAAUUUUUUUUUCUUUUUUCCAGUGUAGAGAUUUAAUUUUUAUUUUUAUUUUUUUUUUAAUUUAAGAGACAUAUAGAAUUGGCAUCUGCUAGUUCGCUUCACAAAUGCCUCUCAGUUGCUGGAAUUGGGAGAGACUAAAGCCUAGAGCCAAAAACUCAAUUCAGGUCUUGCACGUGGGUGGCAGGAACUGCACUACUUCGGCUAUUCACCCGGUGCCUUCCAGGGUCUGUGUUAGGAAAUUGAAUCAGGAGUCAGAGCUGAGAAUUAAACCCAGGAUCUGUGAAGUGGGCUAUGGGUGUUUCAACUGGCAACUGCUAGGCUAAAUGCUUAUUUCAUCAUAGUAUUCUCUGAAGAGAAAGUUAAUGAAAGUAUUUGAUGAUAGAGAAGAUAAGUGACAUGUCAAAACUUCAGAAAUAAAGGGGUUUUGGGUAACUACUGGAGUGACCAAAAAAAAAAAAAAAAAACAAA